CACAGACACUACGAGUGGCAAAAUCAGACGGACGACACAUUUCCUCCUUCGCUCAAAUCGGAGGCACACAGUGCGACGAGGGAGGAGUUCCCCUCCCUUGAAUCUGUGGCAGACACAGCCGCCCCCACGCUGUGUGUGCACUCUCUCCUACUCUAAGAUGCUGACCAAAGGCACUUGAGUGUAGGGGGCUGAAAACUCGGCUGGAGCUAUGAUUCGUCUGACCUCCCCCACACGCAUCGACAGGAGCGCCUCACGGAACCACCCACCCCAGUCAGACACACGACUCACCCACCCAGCGCGACCAAAGCAUUUGUCCCGGCCGUUGAAUGCGUCAUACCAGCCAACGUAGUCGAACUUGACGCGACGGUUGAGUGUGGGCACUCUGCCCCUAGAGUACGUGACGAUGCGAUGUCGCACACCAGAUGGCAUCACAGUGAAGCCGUCAGCAUCAACAGGUAGUGCCUCAACACCGCUGCCGAUAGCCACACUGACACGCAGCCACAUGGAAACACAAUACCAAAACUUGAGCGAAUACAUCAAUGAACCAAUCCUGUCUGGUCGCCAACCUGUGGCUGGUCGCCACAAGUGCUUGCUGGAAGCUCGGAGAGACACCAGGAGGUGCCGGGGGUGUCAU